UUUCACGAAAAUAAUUUUUGCAGUUUUGUGAAAUUGCUGCAAAUAAAUGACUUUUCUCACCGAAAUUGAUAGAUUUUGAUUAGCAGCAAAUAUUUAUCAUAAGAAAUGGCUUUGAAAGAACCUUCGGAGGCUGAGAGGUUGGAGAUUGCCCCACCCAAAAGGGCAUUGGAAGUCGAAAGGUUCUCGACUCUCGAGGAAGUUCAUGAAAAAAUUCGAGAGCUUGAAAAAGAGGGCGCCACCAAAUAUGCGUCUCGAGCUAAACAUAAAAAUUUUGGCGAUGAACGUGUUGACCCUGCCGUCAUUGUAAAGAAGCACCAUGUGCGUUUUCAGUUAAAAAACACUUUACUGGCCAUUCCCAAUGAUGGCUGCCCAUUUUAUAUUUUGGGCACUAAACAGUUGAUCUGUCAUUUAGGAAGGGAUUAUAAAAAAAGUAAGAGGUAUGAUCCUGCAGGAGUUAAUGUGCGUAGGAGGAACACGAAGAAGGUUGACUGUCCAGUUGUCAUCUGGGUCAAACACAUAAUGAAAUUCCCCCAGUUUAAGAUCACCGACCAGCAACACACACACGUAGACAAGUAUCGGAAGAAUGUAGCGGUAAAGAAGGUUAGACAGCUACUCGAAAGUGCCCAGGACUUAAAGGGGCAGUGUGUCCACGAGUUCUACAUGAAUAUCCCGCAGGCAGAGGACCACAAGGGACACCCUAUCUCCGGAAUAACUGCUGGCUUUCGACACCAAUUGGAACCUAGGGUAGUCGCAGUGAUGAAUGAUGCAAUACGCCUGGGUGUAAACAGAGUUAGCCACAUUAACAAUAUUAUUUAUUCUUUCGUCAAGAAAGAAUUCUUCCCUAAGAAGAAACCAGACAAAAUGGACAAACGGUUCUUUCCAACAAAAGUCGAUGUAAGGAAUUAUUUAGCACGGUUUAAUAUGUCCAACACAGACAAACAAAACACUGAAAACUUUGUUUCCAAGUGGCAGCAAAACAUCAUUGAGGAUUUCAUCUACUUCCGACCUCAUUAUGUCAACUUGGAAAUCCCGUAUAUUCCUCACCCGAAGGCUUGUUUCAAGAAUAUUCUGGACAUCCCAGACCUUGACAGAAUGCGGAGGAAUGUAGCCAAUGACACGAGUGCGCCUCUGUUGUUCUGCUACCAGAGCGUGUGGCAGAAACGGCUCAUGUCUCUUCAUGGGAAUCAGAUGACAUUUCUCAACCCCGCGCAUCUUGCCUUACCAUGCGAAUACCCCCUCUACUUCCUUGUCGUCCUCACCAAUGUGGGUUUCUUGAUAGUUGGUGUCAUAAUCCUGGAGAAGUCUUCUCCGGAGUUGCUGCAGGAAGCCUUGAGUGUCUUCCGCAAUUGGAACCCUGGUUGGAAGCCGUCAACUUUCAUGGUUGGUUCUGACGAAGACGAUGCAAGUGCAAUCCAAGCGGUCUUCAAAGAAAAGGGAAUCCGGCUGCAUAUAAAUAAAGACCACAGGGAAAAAGCCUGGCGUGCCUGGCAGGACGACGCAUCCGAUGGUAUCGAGAACAAGGGCGAGAUCAUCGAGAUGAUGAGGGAGAUCGCCACGUCUCCAAGCCGAGAGAAACUGAAGAAGGCAUUGGAGACUCUGCAUGAGAGCGAGGCGUGGAAAGGCGAUGCGCUCUUGAGACACUGGUUCACAGAAACAUGGGAGAACAGAAUCAAGCAAUGGACGACAGUCUACUUGGAAAAGACGUUAGAUCUGAUGAUGAACGUCUGCUGCAUAAAGGACUCUAUGACAGAGCUGCUUGUCCAUAAGCCAAUUCGGCCAUAUCGCAGUGAUACCCUUCUUGAGAUGAUCACACAACUCCUCAAGUCUUACCUACCAAAGUCAUAUAUCAAGUACACCAAAAUGAAUGUGGACACUCCAGUCGACAUGACGAAGAUGAGGGCGUUACCAGAAUUCCUGAGGAACAGCCCUGCAGCUACAGUCGUUGGGGAGAGCGUGACUUCAGUAGCAACCAGCAGUAAUUGGCUAAGCAUGGGACUUUUCAUAGUCAGCAAGACGGAACCUGGCAUGAUUACCGUUGAAAUAAUAGCAGGCCAACGGGAGGAGGUUCGAUUAGGCAAUGCAGAGAAGUUUCCAAGCUGUACGUGUGCAGCGUGGAAUGCAAGCCGAUUACCAUGUAUACACUUCUUUUCAGUGGUAAGAUGUGUUCCCAGUGUAAAUUGGGAAAGUUUCAGUCCGCUGUAUCGUGAUUGUCUGUUGUUCCAGACCGAUUACAGUUGUAAUACAGUCUUGCCCUAUACCCCCGAUCGGGACGUGUCUGCUGAUGUCGUCUUAUCAGACGAUGAGGAAGUGGAAGAGGAAGAUGAUGUCAUUGAAAGCAAUUCAGAGGCAAAUGAUGCGGGAAGUGACAUUGAUUAUGGCGGGGCAAUAUCGGACUCGCCACCAAACAGUCCUGAAGUAGCCCAAGCUGUGCACGAUUUGCUGUUGGAGGAGGCGCAUCCAGAGACACCAUCAGUUUCGUGUUCAACCACAACUCCUAGCGACGAUGACAGAGUGGAUACAGUAAAGGAGCCAGCUCACAUGAUUGUCCCAGUCAUUGUAUCUGUAAGAAGUCUAAUUAGUACGUGUGCAAACGUACCGGCUGCCGUGACAAGUUAUGAGACGUCUGCUGCCUGUGUCCUUGCGCCGUCUGCUCAGGCAAAAGUUUCACCAUCUUGCCAAGUCAACCUUUCUGCUCUUACCAAGCAAGUACAGAAAAUAAUCAAGCCUAAGGCUGCUGAAAGUGACAAGGAGGGGACCCCUGUGAAUAAAGAAGAGUCGUUGAGACUUUCAAAUGUUCAAGAAGGAGUCUCUACUGAUGCAUUGGUUGAGGUUCCCACCAGUUCUUCAGUUGCUAUGCCAACCGCAGCAGUAGCAGAAAAUUCAUCAAUUGCUUCAACAGCUACAGCAGUUGCUUGUUCUUCAGAUGCUGCAACAACUGCUACAGGAUUAGUGAAGCCACUCGAUUUUUCAACAACGGCGUCUCGGCAACAGAUCUCUACAAUGGCUAAUGGCUCCACCAUCGUUGUUGAAGCAAUGAUUCCUGGCAAAUUGCCAUCAGUAACCCGAUUCAAACGGAACACAGAUGGAACGUACAUAGUGGAUAAAUCUACCAAGUUUCCCAGUGCAGUGUCCAUUGCAAAAGAACUUGAGAAGUCUAUCCAUGGAGAUACCAUUAAGAAACCUGUACCAAUCGCCCCGGCUGUUGGCACAUCGCAGUCAGUUGGUCCAGUAUUUGCAGUAGCGGUUACGAGCAGUUCUGAUCUGCUUGGAGCACUGAAGAAUGUUGUCUCUUCAACUUCUAGUCCAACUGUAAUUAAAUUCAAGAAGCCACUGGAUUUGGGACAAGUAGAUAGUGAAGAUUUUGUUACGAGUCUAACUGCUUCAGGUGAGGCUACAUCUGUUGGACAACUUCCAAUAGGAAGCAGUUUGAUGAGUUAUUCUCCUGACAACAGUGAGACUUUGUCCACUGCCCUUUUCAUACCCACCACCGAGCAGACCCCUGAUGGCCAGAAUGUUCCGAGUAUGGCUUCUACGAGUGUAGCAUCAACAGAAUCUCCUACAACUGCUGAUACUGCUCAAAGUGGAGAAGCCUCGGUCAUGAGUAUGUUGGAUGAUCCUGAUCAUAACGAAGACCCGAAUUCUUCAGGAUCAAGCAUUGUUCCCUCGAUAUCCGGUACAACUAUUCCAGACACCUCAACCUCAGUUGCAGCAGCCACAAGUUCUGGUUUAUCAUCUGUUAUUUCAACUGUUGUGGCAUCACCAGCCUCGUGGGUGCCUCUGCAGAAGUACCUGUCUGCUGCUGGCAACAAGCCAAUAAUAUUUACUACUGCCAGUUCCGCGUCUAGUCUACCAAUAUUGACGAACAUUCCUGUAAUCCAUGGAGAUGCUCAAACCACGGCUGCUCCAGUUAGCUCUGAUUUCCCAUUGUUGGUUUCAACUACAAAUCUUGCAACUACGGUAACACGUUUAGCCACAACCACAGUAACUACCAUGGCGCCUGCUAGUUCAGCCACAACAGCGUCAGCAACAUCGGUAGUGACGUCUGCAACUGUUUCUUGCCCACCCACUGCAUUGCAAAUAUUGCAACGGAGUCAAUCAACUGCGAAGGCUCUGACAAAAUUAGCCACUGCUUCAACAUCUCAGUCCCCACAGGCCAAGAUUCCUAACAUCCUAAGUCGUGGAAAAGCAAAGUCAUCCCUGUCUUCAGCCCUCCCUUUGUCUUCUCAGUCUUCCGACGUUACUGAUACUGAUGAUGAUUUAGAAGAGAUGGGAGUUGAUGCUGAUGAUUCUGCGGACUGGACCCCAGACUUGGAGAUUGACCUGCCCAAGGUUGCCAAACCACGAUCUUCAACAAGAAUAAAAUCCCUGAAGAAUACCGAGUCUCCUGUUUCAAAAGCUGAUUUGUCGGAUAAUUCGCAAGUCCAAGAAAAACUAAAGUAUGAUAAAGAAAGCGCAACUGGGACUAAAACCACCAGCGGCAGUGCACCAAACCAAACCACAACUGCAAGUACUAGUGUAAUGAAACCAACAUUAGUUACGAUAAUCCCUUCUGAACCAGGUGGCACAAUAACCGAAAAAACAUUGUCAGGUAUCAUGGAUAUGCUGAAGAAGAAAGGGGUUCUCAAAGGGCAAAAGGUGUGUUUCAACACACCAAGUGGAGAAUCUAUUGCCUCGUGUGAGAGUGGAACAAUAAAUGUAGUUUCAGAACAUUCUGUGGGAGCAUCCGUUUCUCAAAGUUCUAGUGGAACAACAGCUCCGAGUACCUCGCUUGGGACGCCACUAACACGAAGUUCCAGUGGAAAACUGAUCGCACAAAAGUCGAGAGGAACACCUGUGUCAACUUUGUCUCUCACUUCCAAGACAGGCAGUUCAGUAUCCCAGACGGCUGGUGCUCGCUUGCAGGGUACCUCUCAAACAGUUGUCCCUAUUCCAAAGAUUUCAGCUUCAGCUGUUACUCCCGUCUUUGUCCAACCACAUUGUCCUAAAGGGUCCAUGACUUCACAAAGCAAAGUCCCUACUGUGGCCUCACUUCUGCAAAAGAGAGCUGCUACAAAUGUGCAAAGUGGUGUCUCCAUUGUUGCUACGAACAUGCAAAGCAAAGGAAGCACGGUUUCCGGUGUAGAAAGUUCAGGGCAUCAAAUGUGUGUGAAACCUUGUAAACCAGCAACAGUUAUGGUGUCCGCUUCAACGCAAACAAUGGAAAUGCCUGCCGUGGAAAAAACAAAAAAGGCUCCAAAAACCAAGAAGCAGAAAUUGAUACGAAAGUGUGAGGAGACUUUGAAAAAUGUUGGGGAUACAUUGCAGUUAGUAAAAGAUGAGGAGUAUUUGACCCAGUUGAAUGACCAUCUGUAUAGUUUAUUGGGUGAGCUUCGUGAGAUUGUUUCCAUGGGUCGAAUUGGUCCCAGCAAACAAGUGAAACAGGAACUGGUGUUAGAAACAAUCCUGUCGGUACCUGAGACUGUUCCUGUGCCUGAAGGCCCAUCCCCUUCAAAGCGGAUGCGCCUUGAGCAACCAGUGGAGGUGGAUCAGAACCUUUAUGUAACGUCUGCUGGUGCUAAUUAUCAGCCGAAUUUUCCAUCUCAGUCGACGUCCAAUGAGACGUAUUAUGAGGUGGAGUACGUUGAGGUGCCGCAGUCAGAGAUCGAGCCGGCUGUAGCAUCUAUCAAACUUGAAGGAGGCAUUGACAAUACAGGUAUCCAGCGGAUACUAGAUGCUCUGAAUGUUGUUUCACAGGAAGAGGUCGUUGGAUGUACAUAGCAUUAGCGGUAUGGGCUUUGCUGAGCCUCAUAUGGAUAUACAUGUACACUAUUGGGAUUAGUUACUGUUGUGAGAUGGAGUCUAGCUCUCAUAGAGACUGUCUGUCAUAGAACACUUCGUCACCAGCAUUCCCUUGAGUGAACAAUGCAUUGGAUUUCCAUUGAAUUUUCCCUCUGCAAUCAGAUAAGCAAUUAAGGGCAGCACAUGUCAGUCCUGAGGUUGUCCUUAUAUAGAGAGGUUUUGCUGUAAUGAUGUAUGAGUACUUGGCAGGGCUGGCGCGCCCGUUCGCAUUUUCGCCACUUGCGACUCCUGCACAGGAGUGGCGAAUGUAAAACAAUGUCUGGCUAAAAAUUUUGCGAAUUCAAUUUGAAUUGCCAUGAUUUGGCGAGAGAGUAAUAGUGUUGUGCGAAAAUUGAUCAAAGUCUAUCAAAAAGAUCCACUACCACACCAAAUGCACCAAGGAACGAUCGUUAGUCAAACUUUAUCAUUAAUUGCGGGCGGCCGCGCUAUCACACGUGGUUGCCAUCGUCUGCAUUGUAGUUCUACCCGUUGCCGCUACCGUGAUUUUGGUGGCGCUGCUGGUCGCCUUACGCAUACAUUAUCGGCUAGUUUCCCGCUCGCUUCGUUGCCAUGGAGUCUCCGGUCACGGGUUCCUCGAAUCGUUCGUUGAUUUGCUAGUCUCAGAACUGGCGGUGAGCUGGGUCGGCCCCAAUGUAGAGGCGACUCAAUAUGGCUAAAAGUGGCUGGGAGGAAAAAAUUCAAUAUAUGUUUUGAUUGGUUCUUCCCUUUUAUUACACAUCUUCUUUAUUCUGUCUUGCUUGGUACAUUAUCAAAACCAGUCUGUCAGUCUGAAAUAAAGUUUUUUUCUAAAAUUUUGAAUAUUGUUCCACUAUCCUAAAUGUAGUUUGGGAAGCUGUAACUUUGUACAUACUGUCCGAUUGAACAAUAUUAUAACAGUUCUGAUAGGGAGAGUGUUCAUGUUAGUCUCUUCUUUGAAAUUGAAAUAUGUGUUUGUAAGCCUUAAAUUGUUUCAUGAUAAAGCAUUGUAAAUA